AAUAUGCCAAAAGCAAGCGAGACAACACUACGCGAAUUGCAAGACAUUUUAGAUGCGGACGAUCCGGAUGAGAAUAAAUUUAAAGAUUUUCUAAAAAAGAAAACCGCACCAAAGCCAAGAAACAGUCCCCAGUAUGCGCUUGGUGGCUAUGACGUGUCAUUUGAUAUAGACGUCGAUUUGAUCAAACUGCCAGAAAAACAACAACAACAACAACAACAACAACAACAGAAACAACAGCAGGAAAAUCAGCAGGAGACUCAGCUUCAAGGUUCACAAAACGUAGCAAAUAACCGACCCCUACGUGACACGUUUAAUAAUUCCAUUUCAGCUAAUGUACCGCGCUUAGUGAUCGAAUCACAGCCAAAAUUAGAAAGCCUCAAAUCGCCAACAGAUGAGAAUAGAGAUAUAGGACGUUCCCUCAGUGCGCUGCCGGCUCAGCUCAACUGCUCUCCAGUUAAGCAAAGCGGUGGAGCCGUAAGGGACUGCAAUACUUCGUGUCAUUUGGCUGUGAGCAAGUUCUGUCAUGUGAGUCGUUUGCGACAAUAUCUGCAAGAAGAUCUUUAUUCUGUGGUCAACGAGACACAAAAAAACUCGGGAUCGUUUGCUUUUCUGCCCAAAGUAAGUAGCACACCUGCUUUGGAGAAACCGGCAAAAGUGCUACUACCACAGAGCACGCAAUCGGCAGCGACGGCAACAACCCCGAAGUCUGCGUUGAAUCAUGCUGAUUUCGAGGGGAGCUUUGAAGAGAGCCUAACGCAUUCACCGCGUCGAGGCGCGCGAGUUCGACCAGCCAGUCGGGGUACAGAACAGCCGCCGAGCUCGAAAAUCGAUUCACACCAUCCAACAGACGUUGACCGCCGGGGCACCUUUGUUAUAGAAAAGCCAAUUUUAGAUGACGACCUGGACUCGCGCUCACCCACCAACAAAGACACAAAUAUGGGACAAAGAGUAACGAAGGCUUCAACUCCGCCGUUGACUGGUUGCCCGCCUUCCAUUAGUAGUAGACAGCCUUAUGUACGUGUGAGACGUUCGUUGCCGUAUAUGGAUUUAAGCCGAGCCCCACAGCAUAUUGCGUUAGGAUCGGAUCGGAUUGUGUCUGGAACUCAAUCACCAUCGAACAAGACGCCAACUAGAGCGUCAGACUCGCAGCCUAUGGAGACAGAAUCGGAGCAUAUUGUGCCUGAAACACAAGCGCAGGAGAAUAUUCAACAUUUGGUCGGCGCAGUCGGAUCAGUAACGCCACCGCUAGCUGUUAGUUGUGGCAUCCAAACCUCGUGCAUGCCGGAGAAUGUUGAUGCUGCAUGUGGAAGCCGAGCUUUGGAGGAGAACGACGUCGGGGUUGAGAAAAGUGCGUCUCCGCUCGACUUGGCGUCUGGCGUUGGCAACACAACCAGGCGAAAUCGCCGGCAAAAGCAAGAUGAAAGCCAAGAGAGGACAACCCAGUUGCUCGAUCUUCAUCGUACGCGCAGGAGUGAUUCACCAGAGCUGCGUGUCAAGAGGACGAAUCAACCUCCACUCAAUAAGCCGGUUCUGCAGGCCAUCAAUGGGGAAGACUUUGCCGAGGAGCUUGCACGUAUGACCAACUACGAGAUUCUCGAUUUGCGAAAACGUAACUCACUUGGUAGAAUCCAUCACCAGCAAGUGUUCACCAAGGAACAGCAGCUGGCUUUGGAGCAGAGCAUACAAAUGGAAAUGCUGCGUCGUAAUCUAAGCGGUCGGGGCGAUGGCUUGCCCAGCAAGGUGACUGCAACCAGUCCAGAAUUGACUGUCCCGAAGAACGUUAAUAAAUCCCCUCCACAGCCAGAUGUGCCUAAAGAUUCGCCUCCGCUGCCACGACGAUCGCGCUCCAGGCGCCGAGGCAUACCCAUUUCUACCGAGCUGCAAAACUAUCUGGAGCUGCCUACCACUAUUAAAAAGAGGCUGAAUGAAAACAAGAAGUGCGAGACUAAGCGCAGUCUGUAUACAAAGGGUGAUUCGGAUAACGAGGAUGAUCGAUCGCAGCCAUUGGUGGCGCAACAUGGCGAAAUCACCGACAGCAUAAAGAUAGCACCUGCUCCACCGCCGAAUCUAGGCAACGGCGAGGAUGUCGAGGAUAUCCCUAUUGUGCCGCCCCCACCACUGUCUUUGCGAUAUUCGCGCAAUUUACGAGGAAGUCAACUUCAGCCAAACGAUAAUGCCGUAGCCGAGCAAGCUGAGAAUGUUGCUGAAGAGCAGAGUCAAAGCUCUUGCGCCAUGAUUAUAGAUGAUAUACAAAUUGUGCCGCCUCCACCAGAGUCCCUUCGAUACUCGCGUCAGGUACGCAGAUCUUCUUUGAAGCAGCAAGGGGAACAAGGUACAGAAGUUGCUGAAGCUUCUGGGUUUCUAAAGAAUGCAUCAGUUGGGUCGCCCCCACCAGACUCGAAUCGAUUGUUGCACAAGUCUUCUGAGGAUAUUAUCGAGGUGCUAAGCUCGGAGGAUACUCAACAGAAACAAACAGAUCCACUGGACCAUCUUCAAGCUGUUAUGGGAUCGGAUAAUAUACAGCUGCCGUCGGCUCAGGACAGUAGUAGCAGCUACAUGGAGGAAUUGCGCAUGCAAACACCAACUCCACCAUCAUCAGCCCACCAUCAAAUGGAGCUUGACGAGCAACCGAGCACUAGCAAAGCGGCUCGCGAAGCCCUGAUGUUGUCGAGCACUCGGCAACAGAAGAAAGCGAAACCAAAUUCAAGACAAAAAAAAUCCACAGGAGACAACAGUGUAUUCAAGAAACCGACCUUACCGGCACCAAGAGCUAGUAAAAGGAAUUUAAGCAUAAGCAGAGAGUUGCAAAAUCUGCGCAUAACAACAGGAGAUCAGACGUUGCCACCGCUGAACGAUGAAACAUGCAGUAAUGAUGAUACAAAUGGAGUGCGUAAAUCAAGACGUGGCCAAAUUCCACUGCGUAAUACUUGGGUUCACAGCGUCAGUGAGCCCUUCAAGUCUACCUUUUUUGAGCGCGCGAUUAUUGACACCAAUAGGCGAAAGCGCAAGCGAAAGUCGAAGUCGGACCCAACUACUCGUAGCAUUACGCUCAAUGAGAAUACGCCUUCGACUUCGCGUGGCCAUACAAGCCCACUAAAGCGUAAGCGCCAAGGCGAAGAAGACUUUGGAGAAUCGGGAAUUUCGCCAUUGCCUGAAAUAACUGAAGAAGAGGAGCAACAGGAAACAGCACACGAAAGUCCCAAAUCAAAUGUAAUAGAAAAUGAAAUCGAGCGAAAGAGACGUCGACGCCGAACAUUAAAACCAGAUUCAGAUAAUGAACGCCAAGCUGCAGCAGAAGUCGAACCUGCAGUCCAAGCAGAAGCCUUACAAUUACCUGAGCAAAUGGAGUCUGGAGUGGAAAGGGAAGGCAACGCGCGAAGGAGAAGUCGACGCCGAGCAUUAAAAUCAGUUUCAGAUACUGAACGUGAAGCUGCAGCAGAAGUCGAACCUGCAGUCCAAGCAGAAGCCUUACAAUUACCUGAGCAAAUGCAGUCUGGAGUGGAGCUAGUGUCUGAGCUGCCACCAUCCACACCCAGGUUGGAUACGUCCCAAACACAACUCUUGCAGAUGGCGGAAUUUCUACGCGGAGUUGAGAUGUCGCAAGAGUCUGACGUUGUUGCUCAAAAUGCGCUUGAUGACAGUAUAAUACGCUUUACAUCUGUGAGCGAAUUGAAGUUCAUGAAUCUGGAUGGCAUUGAAUACAGCUUCUAUAAAACAGAGGAAUCGUGGGGCAUGGGCUACAUGCGUUUCCAGCCACUGCAAGCGCGCGGCAUGAAGCGCAACAAAACUAACACCUUGCGUUUUCUUUCGCUCUUUGGAGAGUUUGUUGUUGAGGUGCAAAGAGACUCAGAAAACAUACAGACAUACGUCUUGAAAUCAGGUGAUUUCAUUGAGAUUAAAAUGGGCAGCCGUUUUAAUAUCAUAAACAGGUUGAACGAAGUGAGUUUGCUGAUUGUGAAUCCAAGUUGCACGUAGCGCGUGGCUCUGCAUGUGUGUAUAUGUUUGUGUGUGUGACUUCAAAAGCAAAACACAAACACGCAAAAGGCAGCAACAACAAUAAACAACAGCAGCAACAGCAACAGCAACAGCAACGGCAACAACAACGAGGAUGAUGCUAAGAACUUUUGUUCCUGGUCCGCUCUGCAUGCAACUUUUUAACACAUUUUCCACGUUUGCUUUGUGUAGCAAAUGUCUUAAAAGUAACAAGGAAAAUCUGUAAUCCGCAUGAUACCGAAUUUCGCAUACUCUUUCGAAUGC